GUCCCUAGUCAUUAUUUUGCCGACUUAGUGCUCACGCUGGUGGGUGACACGACAUGGUCUCUGGAACCCAAAAUGCGGAGCAAGACAACACCACUUGCUUCGUCAUACUAUCUUAUGGUAACAACGGUCCAUGCAAAUCACCGUCGGAAGCAGGCCACGGAAGGUGAAGCCGGACUUGGCCCGCACUUUCCUAUCAUCCUCAACAGGCUUUGGUGGGGACCAUGGUCAACCGGUCUUUAAUUACUUGGCAAAGAAGAGGCAGAGGAGCAUAGUCCCAUGCAGUACUCCCUAGGCAAGUCGGACCUUAUACGUCUUAUUGACAUGGGCCAUAGGCACCCAGGACUCUGAUAUUGCUACAUGUGUGCUGUUCCUCCAAAUAGAUAAGGGACAGCAAGAACAGUGCCUCAUUGACAGUUUCGUCAGCAUCUCUCCUCGCAUAUAUUGAAUGCCGAUUCUUUCCAAUAUUAACUUGGAACCUAAGUGGACCCAAAUUCCGAUACCUCUGAACAUUCGCACUCGCCAUGGCCAUCGAAUCCUUCAUAGACUCUCUGGCGUUGCCUACAACCGAUUUGUUGGGCUUCUUCCUGGCAGCAGUGGCGGUAUACUUUCUUUUCUCGGCGAUCUAUACAUGGAGUCGUCUUCGAAAGAUUCCCGGACCUUUCAUAGCCUCUUUCUCCUACUGGUGGGCGCUCUCCAGUGUCGUCAGCGGCCGAGAGCCGUGGGUCUAUGCUGCUCUGGCCGAGAAGUACGGUCAUCUCGUCAGAAUUGGCCCUCGGCUGCUCCUCACUGAUGACCCUGAUGUCCUGAGGAGGAUGUCCGGGACACGCAGCCAAUAUAACAAGGACGCUUCCUAUCUAAGUUCAAUCAGGCAUCCCGACUACCACACCAUGUUCUCGACGCUAGAUGCUUCAGCUCACGAUGCCAUCAAAGCAAAACUAGCUAAUCCCUACGGGGGACGCGAGACCCUGGGCAUGGAACCGAUUGUGGAUGGUAUGAUCAACGCUCUCCUCCAUCACCUCCGAAGUAAGACGACUCAGAAUGCUUGCCUAUCAACCACUGUCAAUUUUGCCACAAUAGCCAGCUAUUUUACGUUAGACACCAUCACCCGCAUCACAUUCGGAAAGGCGAUGGGCUUCCUGGAAACCGACACUGACGUCGGGGGUCUGUUUGCCGGUGGUCGCUCGGCCCUGAGAACUUUCACAAUUCCAAUGUCAAUCCCAUGGCUACGCAGAAUUACCCUGUCCGGUUGGUUCCUUAGGACCCUCGGUCCAAAAUCGACAGACACAGAAGGUUUUGGUCUUGUCAUGGGGGCGGCCGAGAAGGCGGUCAGGGAGCGAUACCGGCCGGGGGCUCCUGAUGAAAAAGACUUGAUGGGCGCUUUCAAACGGCAUGGCCUCGAAGAGGGACCGUGUCUCAGCGAAGUGUUGUUUGCUGUCACUGCCGGCUCGGACACGGCGGCAUCAACGAUGCGAUGCACCAUGCUUUAUCUCAUGUCAACUCCGCGCGUUUACAACAAGCUGAAGUUCGUUGUUUCCGAGGCCGUUAGGAAAGGGGGCAUCUCCAGCCCCAUCAAACAGGAGGAGGCAAAAGCAAUCCCCUACCUCCAGGCUGUGAUAUACGAGGGCCUCCGCAUGCGUCCUCCGGUCCCGACCAUGUUUCCCAAAGUCGUGCCUCCUCAGGGCGAUGAGAUCGACGGAAAGUUCAUCCCCGGUGGCACUUCAAUAGGGUGGAACUUGAUGCCCAUGAUGCGGUCACCUCGUUACUGGGGCCAUGAUCCGGAGAUCUUCCGGCCCGAGAGAUUCAUAGAGGCGGACGACAAGGCUCGACUGGCGAUGAAGCGGAACGUAGAUAUCGCUUUCGGAUACGGCCGGUACGGUUGUGCCGGAAAGCCGUUGGCGGUGAUGGAACUGAACAAGUUCUACUUCGAACUCUUCCGAAACUUCGAUUUCCAACUAGUGAACCCAAUGAAGCCGUGGGAAUCUGAGUGUUGGUCCAUAUGGACCGAAGACAAUUAUUUCGUUCAAGUCACGGAAUCCGAGUGUGCCUGACAGCCGGCAGUUGUGGUGGGAACUUGCUCGCAACGAGGCUUCCUUUUGGCUGCAUCAGCACUCGAGUGCUGAUUGCAUGAUGCUGGGUUCGGCAGCCUUGGAAGCGGCGUGAACCGAGGGAAGAUAUCGAAACCAGGCCAACUACGAGUUCGUUAUGCAUCCACAGCCCCAAUGUGCCUAGGUUGCUUAAUUGGCGCAUUCUGUCAUCCGGUUUUUACCACUUGUGUAAUCAAUUCGGUCCUUCUUAAACUGCACAAGUGUUAGGGAUCCGCGGUAUUCCGGGGAAGUGAUGCUAGACAUCUGGACCUGUACCGGUGAUGUUGCCCAUUGACCCACGUCUGAUACCGGCCCACAUAGCACAUUUUGUCGACAUGUUCUGGGAGCCACAUAGUGCAGAGCCAACUUAGAACACAGAGAGGCUCACCCCCAGUCUUCCAUGCAA